AUAAGGCAGCCAAUAAAUAGAUAGAUAAACAUUGAGAUCACUAUUACAUCUUCAUUCCCAAACCGACUUGUAAGGUCAACGCAUGGGAUAGCAAAGAUGAAUUUCCUUCGAGUAACACUGGUGGUUAUUGCAGCUGUUAGCGUAGCUUCGGCUUACCGAAGAGUGUGCUACUACACUAACUGGGCACAAUACAGAAACGGUGCAGGAAAGUUUUUUCCUGAGAAUGUAGACCCUACACUUUGCACACAUAUCAUCUACUCAUUCGCCAAAAUGGUUGGAAAUAAAUUAACCGCUUAUGAAUGGAAUGACGAAAGUACUCCUUGGAAGAAGGGGAUGUAUGAGAGAUUUACUGACUUAAAGAAAACUAACCCAGCCUUGAAACUAUCAAUUGCUGUUGGUGGAUGGAACAUGGGAACCGCACCCUUCACAAAAAUGGUUGCCACUGCUGCAAGUCGUCAAGAAUUUGCCACAUCCACUGUGAAAUUCUUAAGGGAUCACGGAUUUGAUGGCCUCGAUCUCGAUUGGGAGUACCCAGGAAGCCGAGGAAGUCCUGCAGGAGAUAAGCAAAAAUUCGUCGAAUUGUUAAAGACUUUAAGAAGCGUGUUUGACGCCGAAGCCCAAACCAGUGGCAAACCAGCACUUCUACUAUCAGCUGCUACAUCUGCAGGCAAGAAAAACAUUGAUCCCGGAUACAACUUUCCAGAGAUGGUCAAGUACUUGGAUAUGAUUAAUUUGAUGACAUAUGACAUGCACGGAAGCUGGGAAGCUAAAACUGGACACAACGCUCCACUUUACAGUCACCCAUCUGAAACAGGAGAUGAUGCAACCCUUAAUAUUGACUGGGUCACUAAGUAUUAUGUAAGUAAAGGAGUACCUCCUUCAAUGAUGAAUGUCGGACUAGGACUGUAUGGUAGAAGUUUUACACUGGCAAAUCCUAGCAAUUCAGGUCUUGGUGCCCCUGCAAGUGGAGCUGGACCUGCUGGUUCCUUCACUGCGGAGAAAGGAUUCAAAGCUUAUUAUGAGAUUUGUCAAAUGUUAAAAUCUGGUGGCGUGAAGCAUUACAUUCCUGAACAAAAAAGUCCAUACGCAGUAAAAGGAACAGAAUGGAUUGGAUACGACGAUCGUGAUAGCUUAAAAGAAAAAGUGAAGUACAUCAAGGAUCAUCAUUUUGGUGGUACUAUGGUAUGGGCAUUAGAUCUUGACGAUUUCAGUGGUUCAUGUGGAGAGGGGAAGUAUCCGUUACUUCAUGCCAUCAAUGAAGAAUUGGCUGCAGGUGGGGGUGGAAAUGUACCACAGGUUACCAAUGCUCCCGGCCAACCAACAACUCAGAACCCACAACCUACUGGGAACCCACCUCAACAAACAACACAACCACCACCACCAACACAACCACCACAGCCAACAUGGAAAACAUGGUGGACCCCAGGACCAACGUGGACACCAGGACCAACAUGGACACCAGGACCAACCUGGACACCACAGCCAACAUGGAAACCACAACCAACACAAGCCCAACAAGUGACCACAAAAGCUCCACGUCCAACACACCAGUCACACCACAUUGGCCUUACAACCAACUUUAACUGUAAUGGCAGACCUAGUGGAUUUUACGCAAGCCCUUCCUCUUGUGACGGUUAUUAUAUUUGUGCUGCCACACUAGCUUUUGAAGUUAAAUGUGCCAGCGGAUUACUAUUCAAUUCUGCAACUGCGUUCUGUGAUUGGCCAUAUAAUGUAAAAUGUUCGACCAACCAAAACCAACAAGGCCCUGUCGUGACAACAAGGAAACCUAUGGCUACUCAAGCACCUGUAACACAAGCCCCUGUUACUCAGGCUCCAGUAACUCAAGCUCCUAUUGUGGUAACUCAGGCACCAGUAACACAAGCACCUGUUACUCAGGCUCCUUCCAAUGGAAAUAAUAAACAAGAAUUCUGUAAAAACAAGUCCGAUGGUCACCACAGAGACCCAACUGACUGUGGACAUUUCUACCAAUGUUCUUUUGGUCUCACUUUCCAUGAGGUCUGUGGUCCAGGAACCGCAUUUAAUGAACAAACAGUAGGCUGUGAUUAUCCAAGAAAUGUUCCAGCUUAUAACCUCGUUGUUUUAAAAGUAGUACUUGUUGUUGUGCAUUAUGCACAGUAUGACACGCAGUACGGGGACUAUCGGGAGUAUUCACAAAAUAAGCAAGUAUUCUUAUAUAUGAAUUUCCUUCGAGUAAUUCUGGUGGUUAUUGCAGCAGUUAGCGUAGCUUCGGCUUACCGAAGAGUGUGCUACUACACUAACUGGGCACAGUACAGAAACGCUGCAGGAAAGUUUUUUCCUGAGAAUGUAGACCCUACACUUUGCACAAAUAUCAUCUACUCAUUCGCCAAAAUGGUUGGAAAUAAAUUACACGCUUAUGAAUGGAAUGACGAAAGUACUCCUUGGAUGAAGGGGAUGUAUGAGAGAUUUACUGACUUAAAAAAAACUAACCCAGCCUUGAAACUAUCACUUGCUGUUGGUGGAUGGAACAUGGGAUCCGCACCCUUCACACAAAUGGUAGCCACUGCUGCAAGUCGUCAAGAAUUUGCCACAUCCACUGUGAAAUUCUUAAGGGAUCACGGAUUUGAUGGCCUCGAUCUCGAUUGGGAGUACCCAGGAAACCGAGGAAGUCCUGCAGGAGAUAAGCAAAAAUUCGUCGAAUUGUUAAAGACUUUAAGAAGGGAAUUUGACGCCGAAGCCCAAACCAGUGGCAAACCAGCACUUCUUUUAUCAGCUGCUACACCUGCAGGCAAGACAAACAUUGAUUCCGGAUACAACUUUCCAGAAAUAGUCAAGUACUUGGAUAUGAUUAAUUUGAUGACAUAUGACUUGCACGGAAGCUGGGAAGAUAAAACUGGACAUAACUCUCCACUUUACAGUCACCCAUCUGAAACCGGAAAUGAAACAUACCUUAAUAUUGACUGGGUCACUAAGUAUUAUCUAAGUAAAGGAGUACCUCCUUCAAUGAUUAAUGUCGGACUAGGAUUGUAUGGUAGAAGUUUUACACUGGCAAGUCCUAGCAAUACUGGUCUUGGUGCCCCUGCAAGAGGAGCUGGACCUGCUGGUCUCUUAACUGGAGAGAAAGGAUUCAAAUCGUAUUAUGAGAUUUGUCAAAUGUUAAAAUCUGGUGGUGUUAAGCAUUACAUUUCUGAGCAAAAAAGUCCAUACGCAGUAAAAGGAACAGAAUGGGUUGGAUACGACGAUCGUGAUAGCUUAAAAGAAAAAGUGAAGUACAUCAAGGAUCAUCAUUUUGGUGGUACUAUGGUAUGGGCAUUAGAUCUUGACGAUUUCAGUGGUUCAUGUGGAGAAGGAAAGUAUCCUUUACUUCAUGCAAUCAAUGAAGAAUUAGCUGCAGGGGGAGGAGGUGGAAGUGUACCACAGGUUACAAGUGUUCCCGGCCGACCAACAACUCAGAAUCCACAACCUACUGGGAACCCACCUCAACCAACAACACAACCACCACCAACACAACCACCACAGCCAACAUGGAAAACAUGGUGGACCCCAGGACCAACCUGGACACCAGGACCAACAUGGCCAAAAUGGACACCAGGACCAACAUGGACACCAGCACCAACCUGGACACCACAGCCAACAUGGACACCACAACCAACACAAGCCCAACAAGUGACCACAAAAGAUCCACGUCCAACACACCAGUCACACCACAUUGGCCUUACAACCAACUUUAACUGUAAUGGCAGACCUAGUGGAUUUUAUGCAAGCCCUUCCUCUUGUGACGGUUAUUAUAUUUGUGCUGCCACAUUAGCUUUCGAAGUUAAAUGUGCAAGCGGAUUACUAUUCAAUUCUGCAACUGCGUACUGUGAUUGGCCAUAUAAUGUAAAAUGUUCGACCAAUCAAAACCAACAAGGCCCUGUCGUGACAACAAGGAAACCUAUGGCUACUCAAGCACCUGUUACACAAGCCCCUGUUACUCAGGCUCCAGUAACUCAAGCUCCUGUUGUGAUAACUCAGGCUCCAGUAACACAAGCACCUGCCACUCAGGCUCCUUCCAACGGAAAUAAUAAACAAGAAUUCUGUAAAAACAAGUCUGAUGGUCACUACAGAGACCCAACUGACUGUGGAAAUUUCUACCAAUGUUCUUUUGGUCUCACUUUCCAUGAGUUCUGUGCUCCAGGAACCGUAUUUAAUGAACAAACAGUAGGCUGUGAUUAUCCAAUACAUGUUCCAGGCUGUACAAACUACGGUGGAUGAAGAAAAUGGAGAAACUAAGACAGAACAGUAUAUUUUGUGUUUUAAUUAAAUGUUAUUUUAUAAAUAAAAUUAAUUUCACAAUCGAA